AUGUUGUCUAACAUUUAUGAAUUUAUAAGUUCUUUCCCUGGAUUUAAAGAACAGUUAGAAAGUCAUAAAGGGAGUAAUACUUACAGAAAUCAAUGUAAACGUAUUAUGGAAAAAUAUCCAACUGAUAUUAUUUUGGAUAAUUAUAAUAUAUGCACCACCGCUAUGUCAUAUAUAUAUGAAUUUUCUCGUAUUAGGGGAGAUAUAUCUCAAUAUACCCAAUGCUUUUACGUGUAUUAUUGGAUGUAUCAUGAACUUAUGAAAAGGGGUAUAAGUUGCGCUGCCAAAAAUCUUUACAAAGAAUUUUUAAAUGAAUUACAAAGAGAAGGCACACAGAACACAUGUAAAUCAUAUGGGGCUAAUAAUAAUUCCGAUAAUCAUAUUGAAGAAGUCAAAUAUUUAUAUGAAGCAUAUCUAUGUCUAAACAAAAAGAAAAAUGAAGGAGAGGAAGAAGAAGAAGAAGGUGAAAAUAAUAAUUUUUGCAAAACAUUAAAAGAAAUUAUUCAAGAAUAUAUUGAAAAAAAAAAAUAUGAAUUAUUUAAAAGUGAUAAACAAGAAAUGUCAUCCUCUAUGCAAACUAAUACAAAGGAUAUUAUUAUAAUUUCAAUUCUCGUUACAUUAGUAGUAUUACUGUUGUUAUUUUAUGUCCUUAAGUAUACCUCAUUUUAUACACGCUUAACCUAUAAAUUAAAAAGUAAAAUAAAUGAGUUCAAAAAUGAAGAUGAAGAAAUGAAUAUUUUGCAUCAGUAUGAAGAUUUUAAAAGUAUAUCAAUAAAUAAUGGAUAUAAUAUAGUGUAUAAUUCAGAUUAA